AUGACUGGAGUCUUUGACAGUCUGGUGGCUGAUAUGCACUCGACCCAGAUCACGGCCUCCAGCACGUACCACCAGCACCAGCAGCCCCCGAGCGGUGGCGGCGCCGGCCCGGGCGGCAGCAGCGGCGGCGGCGGCGGCGGCAGCAGCCUUCACAAGCCCCAGGAGUCGCCGACCCUGCCGGUGUCCACAGCUACCGACAGCAGCUACUACACCAACCAGCAGCACCCGGCGGGAGGCGGCGGCGGGGGCUCGCCCUACGCGCACAUGGGUUCCUACCAGUACCACACCAGCGGCCUCAACAACGUCCCGUACUCCGCCAAGAGCAGCUACGACCUGGGCUACACCGCCGCCUACACCUCCUACGCUCCCUACGGGACCAGUUCAUCCCCCGCCAACAACGAGCCGGAGAAGGAAGACCUCGAGCCCGAAAUCCGAAUCGUGAACGGGAAGCCAAAGAAAGUCCGAAAACCCCGCACCAUCUACUCCAGUUUCCAGCUGGCCGCUCUGCAGCGGCGUUUCCAAAAGACUCAGUACCUGGCCCUGCCCGAGCGGGCCGAGCUGGCGGCGUCUCUCGGCCUCACCCAGACUCAGGUCAAAAUCUGGUUCCAGAAUCGUCGGUCCAAGUUCAAGAAGAUGUGGAAAAGCGGCGAGAUCCCCUCGGAGCAGCACCCUGGGGCCAGCGCUUCGCCACCCUGUGCCUCCCCGCCGGUCUCGGCGCCGGCCUCCUGGGACUUCGGCGCGCCGCCGCGGAUGGGGGGCGGCGGCGGCCCGGGCAGCGGAGGCAGCGGCGCCGGGAGCUCCGGCUCCAGCCCCAGCAGCGCGGCCUCGGCUUUUCUGGGCAACUACCCGUGGUAUCACCAGGCUUCGGGCUCCACCCCACACCUGCAGGCGACGGCGCCACUGCUGCACCCCACGCAGACCCCGCAGCCGCACCAUCACCACCACCACCAUCACGGCGGCGGGGGCGCCCCGGUGAGCGCGGGGACGAUUUUCUAA